AUUAAUUUGCUAAAAUAAAAGUAUAUCUUUGUUCCCUGGAAAAAACAAUCAAAAUGAAUUUGCAUGAGAGUUGUCCAACUUUUCGGCCGUACCAUAUUCCCACGCACAAAGGAAUUGACCACAUAAAACUUCACUACCUAUCACCAAAAAUUCAACCAUUUAAUUUUUCUUCAACUCUUCUGUUAAAUUAAAAGUUGUUCAAAGAAGCCAAACAGUCUCAUUGCCUAUUCCUCGAUCUUCAACUUCAAUCCAAACAAUGUCUCAGCAAAAGGUGGUGUUGAAGGUGCUUACAAUGACGGAUGACAAAACAAAGCAAAAAGCAAUGGAAGCAGCUGCUGAUAUAUACGGAGUGGAGUCCAUAGCUGCAGAGGAGAAAGAAGGGAAACUAACAGUAAUAGGGAAUAUGGAUGCGGUUGCUUUGUUGAAGAAAGUGAAGAAGAAAGUUGGGAAAGUUGAUAUACUAUCGGUCGGUCCUGCCGCCGCCAUGGAAGAUAAUGAGAAGAAGAAGAACGAGGAGGAGAAGAAGAAGAAGAAGAAGAAGGAGGCAGGAAAUAUUAAAGAGGAGAAGAAACCAGUUGAAAAGGAUACUAAAGGGAAGAAAAUUCAUUAAACUACUAAUACUUAUGCAUGUUUCUCCUCUUUCAUUGUUCAUCUCAUUUUUUUUUUAUUCAAACAUAUUAACUCUUUCUUCCAACAAGAUAUUCCAAUUCUUAUGUGAAAACAAUAUAAAGUUAUUGAAAAUGG